AAAAGGUGACGGUGGAAAUGCUGGAUCACUUAGAACACCUGGCCCUGGUUGAUUUCCGCGAUGCAGAGGGUGUGGAGCGGCUGCAGAAAGCAAUCCAGUUUGCUGAUCAGCUUCAUGAAGUAAACACCGAUGGCGUAGAGCCGAUGGAUUCGGUCCUGGAGGACAGGUGUCUGUAUCUCAGAGAAGAUGAUGUCACAGAAGGCAACUGCACGAACGAGCUGCUUAAAAAUGCCAGAGAGAAAGUAGAGGAGUAUUUUGUAGCCCCACCAGGUAACAUCCCGUUACCAAAGCUAGAAGAACGAGAGACUUUUCUGCAGCGCUCUUAGCGACAGCCCAGGAGCCAAACGCCAUUUUGGUAUUUUAUCUGGGAAAACUAAGGUUUGUGCAGUCACAGCUGAGAAACCCUGACAUGCAUUUUGAUCGAAAGAAGAGCGCUUGCAAGACAAUUUGCAGAAGGAGGAAGGUGUAAAAAGUUUAGUAGUGCUACUGAAAUAUUCAAGGUUAUGAUGCUGGAAGGCAGCAUGACAGAUGACCUUUGUGCUUUUCUUCAGCACAGUGAAUUUG